AUGCCUGGAAUCCUGCCCAUGAAAGUCAUCAAAGUCGGCGGCGGCAGUCAAAGUCGUAUCGCUCAGGCGUGUGAUCGCUGUCGAAGCAAGAAGAUCCGCUGCGACGGCGUCCGACCGUGCUGUUCGCAGUGCGCCAACGUCGGUUUUGAAUGUAAAACCAGCGACAAGCUCAGUCGUCGAGCUUUCCCUCGGGGAUACACAGAAUCUCUUGAGGAACGCGUGCGAGCGUUGGAGUGUGAAACGCGCGAUUUGAAGAGUCUGUUGGAUGAGAAGGAUGAGAAGAUUGAUGUGCUGUCCCGGAUAUACUCUUUUUCGCCCCCAUCACAACAGCAGCAACAGCAAAAACAGAAGGCUACUUCACGAUCACCGCAGGCGCGCUCGCCUUCAGAUAGUGUUACUCAGAAGGCGUCCGAUGCGGCAGAGGGUGUUAUUCACGUGAAGCCAUCGUCACAAUCAACGGCUUCCUCGGAUGAUGCUCCGACUGCCAGUGGACUGUCCAGCACGCGUGGCUUUACUGACGCUUUAACCGGCAAAUUGAACGACCAAGGAAAACUCGCUCCCGAGGCCUCAACACAAUUCCUCACCCAAUCCCCACCCGUCGUUUGCCAUAUUCGUGGACACCAGACGAUCGAAACGCCGCCUCGGCUGGUUUCGGAUCAGCUCAUCAGCAUCUACUUCCAGGAAUGGGCCCCUCUUUACCCGGUGAUCCACCGUCCGACCGUCCUUAAGGCUUACGAACAAUACCUCUCAAACGCCGAAUCUAUGCAAAACACCCCUCAUGACCUGGCACAGUUGAAUUUGAUUUUUGGAAUUGCCGCGCUGGCCUCAAUCUCGAGGACCAACCAGGACCCCGCUUUCUUCGAGAAGAAUUGGACCUCCACCCUCGAGUCGCUCUCCACCGACAUUUCCGUCCCGACUUUGCAAUGUUUCAUUCUGGCGCAGAUCCAUUGUAUGACCAAGGCCGAUUACACUAGUUUGUUGCGCUACCGAGGUAUUGCGGUUGGCAUCUGCCACCAGCUGCGGUUGCAUCAGAGCCAAAAGCACAUCACCAACCCCCUGAUUGGUGAGACGCGUAAGAAGAUCUUCUGGUGCCAAUAUGUCCUAGAUCGAUUGACUGCGGCCAUGACUGGUCUGCCGAUCCUCCUGCGGGAGGAGGACAUCCGUACCGAGUACCCUGAGGACGUUGAUGAUGAGAACAUUACCGAAACUGGUUUCCUGCCCACCCUACCUGGCGAGUCUACGAGAUUGUCCAGUGCGAUCGCCCUUUUUGCCGCUUCGAGAAUCCUGAACACGGUUUUGCACGAUCUUUACUCUUCUGAAUCCGAAUACGACCUCUAUGUUUCCAAGCUCCGUGCCGCUUCGAACCAAUUAGAUAAGUGGGCGCAGAACCUGCCUCCUCACCUGCGCCUGGAGUUUGCGCAGGACAAGCCCGCCACUAAUGUGACGAGUAGCCGUUCGCCGCUUCUGUCUUUGGUGUACUACUACAUCCGGUCGUUGGUCCAUCGCCCCGCCGUUUGCUUUGCUGAUGAGCAAAUCCGUUCUCCUUCGGUCUUGGCCGUGUCGGACUCGAGCAAGCACAUCAUCCAGAUUUUGGAGCUUCUCGAUGAGCGACGUCUCUGCCUUUCUGUCAGCAUGAGCCGAAAGGAAAUUGUCUUGAUGUCCGGAUUGGGUCUCUUGUGGCAAACCUUGGGUUUGAAGCGGGACAGCAAGCUCGCCAAGGAAAGCCAGAAGUUGCUUUCCACCAUCAUCGACCAGCUGACGUCGGAGUCUGCGUCCGCGGCAAGUGAGUUCAGCAACGUGGCCGGUACCCUGAUUUCGCUGGACGGUGGUAAAGGCGGAGCGAAAUCCCAAGACACGAGCGCAGCGGCUCAGAGAUCUUCCAAGUCUCCCAAGAAGCAGAUGCAGUCCUGGAAGCAACGCUUGGCGGCCAGCAUGCCCAACCAGGGACAGAGACAGGAGUCGCAGUCCCGCCGGGCCACCAUUUCCGGCGCGAGCCCGUCUAUCGACCAUCGCCACAUUCGUUCCUCGAGCCAUACCAGCCUCCCGUCGGUGCAACCCGAGCACAUCCACAGCCCUCACUACCAAGACACGUAUCCAGUUGCUCCUUCGUCGACCAUGUAUGACAGCCAUUCGCGGGCCAUGUCCUGCUCGGGGCCUUCUGAUGUUUCCAACGGCGCCAUCACAGUGGCAGAUUGGGAGUUUGUGCUGAGUGACAUGGAUCGUGGUUACUCGAACAUUUUCACGGGUAUCUACGGCGGCAAGGAGUGCGGCGAAGACACCGGCCCGUUUGCCUCGAUCACGGCCGAGUAUGGUGGUCAAAAGCCGCAGACCUCCAUGCCCAUGACAGCACCGCAGGACAUGCAGGGUCUGUCUCCGGAGGCGUGGUCGGCCACGAGCAGCGACAUUCCUCUGAAGCAGGAGAUGGCAUCGCAGAGCGUCCUCAGCUACUCUGAGGAUAGCAUGGCCGGUGGCUCUGACGAUGGAGUCGCCUUCCAGGACCUGCACAUGUCCCCGGAAGACCACGCCAACAUGAUGGAUCCGUUUCGGGGCAUUGUGAUUCCGACUGAGGAAGAAAUGGGCAGUUAUGGUUUGGUUGACGGAACCAGCUGGGAGAGACGGUUGGCCGUCUAA